GUGUCUUUUUUGAUCCCUGAAUGUGGCAUACUACCUGAAGUGCUGAAAAAUACUAUUGCGGAUGUUGGAGAGUACUACCUGUUGAGGAAUUUAUCAGUUCAUGAAUUGGUUGCUCACGAAUUCAUUGAUGCUUUUGUGAAGAAAGGUUCAUGCUACGCACUUACCUAUAACACAAAAAUUGAUCAAGAUAAUACUGCAGCUCUGCUACCAAAUGGAAAACUAAUUCUAUCAGUGGAUAAGGAUACUUAUGAGGAACUUGGACUGCAAGGUCGCCCUUCUCGGUAUUGUGGCAAAAAAGUAAUGAGAUAUAUUAUAACUAUUGACUUGACUGAUUCUGGCUUUCACCCUGAUAGCAAGAAACAUAAUAGAGUGCUUUGGGCCUUGAAAGAAAAGAAACCUUUAGAAUUUGACUUCCUGCUGUCUUGGUAUAGUACAGGUGCAGAGGGAUCAACGUUGAUGUCAUACUUUUCAAAAAACCAAAUACAGGCCCUGAAGCCAAAAAUAACAUUCAGCACAUUAAGGGACUUGCAGUGUCCGGUGUUACAAAGUAACGAACUACAAGGCAAGCCGGAGGAGUCCUGCAGUACGGAGGAACUGUUUGAAUGGCUAGGUGCUGUCUUGAGUCAAGUUAGCUUAGACAACAAAUCGUCUAGCUUCUUAUCAACCUAUUGCUGUCCUCAGCCCAACAUAAUGGUGGAAAAAGCAUUUUUGUGCACAAUCACAGGCUUUAUAAUUCCUGAGAAGAUAAUUCAGUUAUUGGAGCAGCUGUGUUGCUAUUUUGGUGAACCAAAACUGGCACAUUGGCUGACAUUGACUGUGCACGGCUUUGCAGACAGCCCUGUUUCCUGGAGAGAAAGUGAACAUGGUUUUCACAAGGGAGGAGAGAACUUGUACAACUUUGUCAUUUUUAGAAAUCUGGACUACUGGCUUCAGAUGGCUGUAGGAACUAAUGAUGAUUGUCCUCCAUAAAGCUAUGUCUACAGAAGAAGUUUUCUAAUAAUCCCGUGUUACUGUAUAAGAACCUAAUAAGAUAGUUUUUAUAAAAGUAAUUAGGUAACAAGUUAAGUA